AUUGAAUUCUAUUCGAGCCAGUGAGCUUGCCAUGCGUGGUAAUAUAGGCGUGUGACUUGGUUAAAACUCGUUAUUAUCAUGUUAUUUUUCGGUCACACAGUUGUUUAUCAAUGAAAAUGUGAAUUGUGCAGCGUGCUUUUGCAAGAGGAGUUUAUCUUGCCGACGUUUUGUUGGAUGCCACUGAUAAUGAGGAUGGGCGGGGAUCUGGUGUGAAUAGAAAAUGACCAUUCUACUCUACGAUUGCCAAGAGCUGGAGGAGCGGGCCUCCAGACAUCUCAGAGUUUGGAAAGUUUGGCACACCACACUCUACGUACUCGCCGCGAUAUUCGGAAUACUCAACUACUCAUUUCUCUUUGAAACUGAACAACUGGUGGACAAUCAAUGCUUAUUCUACCCUCGUCAACUGGCCUUCCACUGGGUAGCACUGGCAAACGACACUGACGUAACAAAUGGGAAUUUUCCACCAAACAAUGGUGGAAUCACUACAGCUAAACCAACAAGUAUUACUUCUUCAUCAGCUCUACCGAAGAAUGCGACAGAAGUGAAAAAUGAAACGAUUGCUCAAACCUCGCCUGCCCCUGAAAAUGUGACUGAAAAAGCGAAAACAGUCAAGAGAGAUGCGCCGGAAUAUGUUACAACUAAUACUGAAACGACUGUAGAUGAAAGUAAUGACACUGUUAUUACUGAAAACACGACCCAUCGGCUCAUGCUGCAGACUUCAAGAACUCUGUUCCCGAAGGAGGGAGACAGUGGGUGUCAGUUUGCAGAGUACAUGCCUCUGUUGUCUGCUACGUUAGCCAUCGUUUGGGCGACUCUCUUCAUCAUAUGCCCUGGUGGAGGCCGCACGAGAUCCGGGCUCCAGCAACCGUGGCGCAUCCUGGCACCAGCGCUGCUGUUCGCUCUGGUGAUGGUCAUCCUCACAGGAUACAGUUUCACCAGCACCAACGGAGGCCUACAGGCUUUCUGUGCCGCCUUCCAAAACUAUACCAAUACUACUGCAUGUUCUGCAGUGAACCCAUUUCUGGAGCGGUCGUGGAACGAGUCCUGGGGCGCGGGGGACAGGAUCUCGGCCACCAGGGCCGCGUCGGCCGGCGUGUGGGCCAGCUGGGCGUGCGCCGCCGCCUUGCUGCUGGCUCGGUGUCUCGCCGCGCCAGACUUCGUCGUCAGGCGCACGGCUGUGCACCUCGUUAAAGAUCCUCAGCAGAAAGUGACUCCGUUCCUUAUAAAACAGAAGUCACCACGUCUCUCGGCGAACAGUUCGCCAAGCAAGCGGGACACCGCCUCGGUGAAGUCGGAGCCUACUGUGACGGAACUGGUGACGGCAUCCGUGGAACACGAGCAUGACUCCGAGCCCACCUCUCUCGCCACCACUCCUCUCAGAGGCGAGAGGAACGUAGAAGCGCUGGAGAUGACCUACAACCCUCAAGAAACGCGACGCGUACAUUAUUAACACGUUCAAGGAAUUGACAUGCUAAGUCCCGGUGUCAUACGACCUACACAUACAUAACAUAAGCUCACGACUAUAUUCCUAUUGGGGUAGUCAGAGGUACAUCCAUCACAAAUAUGGAUUAUUGUGAAAUAGAGGAAAAGUACAAGGUCCAUAAACAAUAGACAAAAUAGAGAACCAGGAAUGCGGGUUUCAGCGUACACAAACUUAAUAUUUUAGUUUAACAGCUCUACAACUAGCGCCGUCCUUCACUUACGAUGAGUGAUAGAAGGAGACAGAUCUAGUUUUAGAAUUGUCAAAUUAACACACACACACACAUCGUUAAAUAGUCGAUAACGCUGAUGUGGAUGCUCAACGAAGGUAGUUAGGUACGUUAAUAACUAAUAAGAAGGUACAUACCUACCUACCCUGCUUUGCCAAAGUGGAUUAAAGUACUUAUUUGAAUGAGUGUAGAGGCACAGUCAAUCUAAGCUUAUAAGUAUAGGCUUAGCAAGUUUACUAAGUUUAUAUAUUUAAGCUUAUUUAUUAUAUAUUUACUGUGGUAGAUAUAAGCUUCAAAACUGUUGUUUUUGGACAUGUUUAUUAAUGAAAUGUUUCUAUUGAAUUGUUUAAAAGUGAAAUAUUAGGUAUAUACCUAUAUAAAACUGUUGUAAUGAAGUACGUUUACAAUUAUGAUUAGUUUUAUGUUUAUUGCAUUUUUAGGAUUAGUAAUUAAGUAUGUAUUACUUAACGUUUCAAGAGUUUGUUACUUAAUGGAUCGUUUCAGUUUGAAGAAAAUAAUAUUACGAAUUUAUAAAAUACUGACUCUUGUU